AUGGCUUCUUUCAUGCGACCCGCUGCGAUGCGCCAGGUCGCCACGGCCGCGCGCAUGGCCAAGGCCCCCGCCGUCCGCUCCGCCUUUGUCCAGCCCGCCAUCAACAACUUCACAAGAGCCACGGCUUUCCACACGACGAGCAAGCGUGACAUCCUGCCGCCGCCACCCCAGGUUGUUCUGGGAGGAGUCAACGACCCUGCCCCCGUGCCCGCCCCGAGCCCUUCCCACGGCUCCUACCACUGGACGUUCGAGCGCCUCCUCGCCGCCGGCCUCGUGCCCCUCACCCUGACGCCCUUCGCCGCCGGCUCCCUGAACCCGACCCUCGACGCCAUCCUCUGCGCCGGCCUGAUCCUGCACUCGCACCUGGGCUUCCAGGCCAUCAUCGUCGACUACGUCCCCGCCAAGCGCUUCCCCAAGUCCCGAAAGGGCAUCUCGUGGGGCCUCAACGCCGCGACGGCCCUCGUCGGCCUGGGCCUGUACGAGUUUGAGACGAACGACGUCGGCAUCACCGAGGCUCUCAAGAGGGUGUGGACUGCGUAA